UGAGUCGGGUCGCAUUUCUCGUCCUUUCUACGCAUCGACACGAUGCAUCAGCUCUGAUUAUCAACCAGAUCGGAAAGAGAGAGAGAGAGAGAGAGAGGUGCUGAAGCCAUGAUAUCGCAGUUCUUCGUGCUCUCGCAGAGAGGCGACAACAUCGUCUUCCGCGACUAUCGCAGUGAAGUACCAAAAGGGAGUGCGGAGAUAUUCUUUCGCAAUGUGAAGUUUUGGAAGGGAGAUGAAGGGGAAGAGGCGCCACCUGUCUUUAAUGUGGAUGGUGUCAACUAUAUGCAUGUGAAGGUUGCUGGAUUGCUGUUUGUUGCAACCACAAGAGUUAAUGUAUCACCUUCUCUGGUUUUGGAGCUACUGCAAAGGAUUGCGUGUGUCAUUAAGGAUUACCUUGGAGUUCUCAAUGAAGAUUCAUUACGGAAAAACUUUGUGCUCGUAUAUGAGUUGCUUGAUGAAGUCAUUGACUUUGGAUACCCACAAACAACAUCUACUGAGGUGUUGAAGUCUUAUGUAUUUAAUGAGCCAAUAGUGGUUGAUGCUGCACGUUUGCCACCCCUUGGUCCUGCUGCCAUGUUUAUGCAAGGAUCGAAAAGAAUGCCAGGGACCGCUGUUACAAAAUCUGUUGUAGCCAACGAGCCUGGAGGCAGGAAGAGAGAGGAAAUCUUUGUUGAUAUAAUUGAGAAAAUAAGCGUUACGUUCAGCUCUAGUGGUUACAUACUGACUUCCGAGAUUGAUGGGACCAUUCAAAUGAAAAGUUACCUCACUGGCAACCCAGAAAUCCGUCUAGCUCUUAACGAGGACCUGAGCAUUGGCAGAGGUGGAAGUUCUCUCUACGAUUAUCGUAGUUCAGCUGGAGCAGGGGCUGUUAUACUAGAUGAUUGUAAUUUUCAUGAAUCUGUCCAUCUUGACAGUUUUGACGUGGACCGAACAUUGACACUGGUACCUUCAGAUGGGGAAUUUUCUGUCAUGAACUAUCGUAUGACUCAGGAAUUCAAGCCUCCUUUCCGUGUUAAUGCAUUGAUUGAAGAAGCCGGAGCGUUCAAGGCAGAAGUGAUUCUUAAAGUACGUGCUGACUUCGCCCCAACUAUCACUGCAAACACAAUUGUAGUACAAAUUCCACUUCCUACAUUUACUACAAGGGUUAGUUUUGAGCUGGAACCUGGGGCAGUCGGAAACACAACUGAUUUCAAGGAAGCAAAUAAGAGACUUGAAUGGGGAUUAAAAAAGAUCGUUGGUGGAUCUGAACAUACUCUACGUGCAAAACUCACAUUCUCACAAGAAUCACAUGGAAACAUCACGAAAGAAGCUGGACCUGUAAGCAUGACUUUCACCAUACCAAUGUAUAAUGCUUCAAAGCUUCAGGUAAGAUACUUGCAAAUAGCAAAGAAAUCCAAGACACACAAUCCAUACCGAUGGGUGAGAUAUGUCACACAAGCAAAUUCGUAUGUUGCUAGGAUAUGAUGAAUUUCCAAUACCCUUUUUAUUGUUUCUGUUUAAUUCCAUCAGGAGAGUUAAAGAAACUCAUUUCUUGAGACACUGUAAGUGGUCCUUGUUGUAUGAAUUACAAUUUUAUCAGUUAAUCUAUGUUUUGAAAUGAUCGACUGGGAAAUUUGGAUAAA